AAAAACUUGAAUGUUUCUUGGGGAAGAAGGAGUGGAACACUCAGAAGAAUUUGAAUCACAUACAAUUCAUCGCUGUAGUUUGACAGUUUGAGUCCUCGCGUUAUAUUUUUCUUACCAACUUCUUUUACAGAGGGACAGUGAAGUUUGACUUCAUGUGCUUGGCUCGUUGACAUCAACUCCAUCGUUACUGACGUGGUCAGUGGGAAUUUAGCUGCUGCUGAUGAAAACUGCCUGGUUGUAGCUGACUCACCUGUCAUUGCCCUCCAAUCUUUGACAGCUCUAAUGGUAGCAGCUGGAGAGCCUCAGCUUUGAGAGGAUUGAACCACCUCAUCAUGACAGAGGUCCAGACACCAUGGCCGCAGGGCACAGAGUGUGUGGCAAGGUACAAUUUCAAAGGCACAUCAGAACAGGAUCUGCCCUUUAACAAAGGAGAUGUGUUGACGAUAAUUGUCGUCACAAAGGAUCCAAACUGGUACAAAGCUAAAAACUCUGCAGGUCAUGAGGGAACAAUCCCAGCCAACUAUGUUCAGAAAAGGGAGGGCGUAAAAUCUGGUGGAAAGCUGAGUCUAAUGCCAUGGUUUCAUGGUAAGAUAACGCGGAAUCAGGCAGAGAGGCUACUUUGUCCACCUGAAACAGGCCUGUACUUAGUGCGAGAGAGCACCAACUUCCCAGGCGACUACACUCUGUGUGUGAGCUGCGAUGGCAAGGUGGAGCACUACCGCAUCAUCUACAAAAAUGGCAAGCUCACUAUUGAUGAGGAGGUGUUUUUUGAGAACCUCAUGCAGCUGGUUGAGCACUACACCAAAGACGCAGAUGGUCUGUGCACCGAGCUGAUCAAGCCUAAGCUGGAGGAGGGGACUGUUGCAGCUCAGGAUGAAUUUUCCAGGAGUGGCUGGUCAAUGAACAGUAAGGACCUCAAACUGCAGCAAGUUAUUGGAAAAGGAGAAUUUGGAGAUGUCAUGGUGGGAGACUACAGGGGGACUAAAGUAGCUGUGAAGUGCAUAAAAAAUGAUGCUACAGCACAAGCCUUUAUUGCUGAGGCUUCUGUCAUGACGCAACUACGGCACGAUAAUCUGGUACAGCUGCUUGGAGUGAUUGUGGAGGAAAAUGGGAGUCUGUAUAUAGUUACUGAGUACAUGGCCAAGGGCUGUUUGGUUGACUAUUUACGUUCCAGAGGUCGAACAGUACUUGGUGGAGAUGCUCUCCUUCAUUUUGCACUUGAUGUCUGUGAAGCCAUGGCGUACCUGGAGGCAAGUAACUUUGUCCACAGAGACUUAGCAGCCCGAAAUGUUCUGGUGUCAGACGACAACAUCGCUAAAGUCAGUGACUUUGGUCUGACCAAGGAGGCCUCCUCCACUCAAGAUACUGCGAAGCUGCCUGUGAAGUGGACAUCACCCGAGGCCCUCAGAGAAAAGAAAUUUUCCACCAAAUCAGACGUUUGGAGCUACGGGAUUUUACUUUGGGAGAUUUACUCUUAUGGCCGAGUGCCUUACCCAAGAAUUCCACUAAAAGAGGUAGUACCUAGAGUGGAGAAAGGAUACAAAAUGGACUGUCCAGAUGGUUGUCCUGAAGUGGUGUAUAACAUCAUGAAACAGUGCUGGAACUUAGAUCCUGCUGCUCGACCAAGCUUCCAGAUGCUGAAAGAGUGGCUACAACAUAUCAGCCAAGGGAUUGGAGGAAAACACUGAGAGAUCUGACUGAUAAGAAGCAAAGAAGUUACUGUUCUGCUUCUCUCAUUUUGACAGCUUGGAUCAUAACAUAAAAAAAACAUUGUUAUUAUUGUUAUUGUUAUUGUUAUUAUUAUUAUUAUUAUUAUUAUUAUUAUUAUUAUUAUUAAUAUUAUAAUAGACUUGAUGUAAGACACAAAAGAAUCCAUAGCACAAGUAUAAAUAUUCUCAUGGACUGUAUUAUUUGUCAAAGUUCACAACAAAUACAUUUUCAUAAACUGUUAAUUAUGACUGUCAAGCUGUAAAUUCUAUAGUGUCUCAGGUUGUUCAAACUGCAGUGACAACUUUGCCUCAGUUGUUCUUGUCUUAAUGUGCUCUGUUAUUAAGAGUGAUCAAGAAUGAUGUCAUAUCAGUGAGUGCUGCCUCAGAGCCACA